GGAGGUCAAAACCUAAGGAAGGAGGGAGAAGAAAAUGGAGGGUGAGUGACAAUCAGACUAGAAUUAGAGUGAACUGGGAGAAAAUGGUGCGGCCCGUCGCCCAGAGCACCCUGCCCCACGUGCUCAUACCCCCGCGAACACCCCGGGGAGGCCGAUGAAGUCGCGGUAAAAGAAGAGGGAGGAAGAUAAAUUGUCAAGUUGGAAGGGACUCAGACCGGGUUACCUUUUCCUCUGCUUUCUGAACUUUUUGUUUUGGUCUGUGAGUCUCGCCAGCCCCCUUGCUUGCAUUCCGCUGAGAGUCGUCUUCUGCCCUUCCUCCUCCUCCACUCUAGAUCUCCCUCCUCCCUCCCUUCCCCAGCCCUCCACCCACCAAUUAAGGAGGCAUUCAAUCUAUGCAUCUCCUGGCUGGGGCUCUCAAUUACAAAGUUGGGAGAAGGGUGUGCUCGUUUAGGAAGGACCCGGACGACCGGCAGCCUGCACUGGGUCUGUCUUGGCUCGGACUACACCUGACCAUCUCCCUUGGCGCCACCCCCCGUCACUUCCCAGUCUCCUCGCUCUGCCACUUGUGCGCCGCUACCGCGCACUCUCAGCGCCCUAGCGGCAGGAGGAGGAACAAGCACUGGGGGUGGAGAAAGUAGGGGUGCGCCAGAGGGAGGCACCCCCUCGGGAGCCCGGGAAACCCCGGCUGGCGCCAGAGGACGUGCCACCGCGCUCGCGGACCCGAGGCUUCCCGUGUGUCCCCAACUUUGUGGCGCCCUCAAGCAGCGGCGGCCAGGAUGGACCUGCCUCUCUGCAGCCGGGCGCUAUUGGACUCGCCGCUGGACAGCGGCUCCCUGGACUCCCUGGAAUCCAGUGUCUUCUGUAGCGAGGGCGAAGGGGAGCCCCUGGCUCUCGGGGACUGUUUCACUGUCAACGUGGGCGGCAGCCGCUUCGUGCUCUCGCAGCAGGCGCUGUCCUGCUUCCCGCACACGCGCCUUGGCAAGCUGGCGGUGGUGGUGGCUUCCUACCGCCGCCCCGGAGCCCUGGCCGCCGCGCCCAGCCCUCUGGAGCUUUGCGAUGAUGCUAAUCCGGUGGACAAUGAGUACUUCUUCGACCGCAGCUCGCAGGCAUUCCGCUAUGUCCUGCACUACUACCGCACCGGCCGCCUGCACGUCAUGGAGCAGCUGUGUGCCCUCUCCUUCCUGCAGGAGAUCCAGUACUGGGGCAUCGACGAACUCAGCAUCGACUCCUGCUGCAGGGACAGAUACUUCAGAAGAAAGGAGCUGAGUGAAACUUUAGAUUUUAAGAAGGACACAGAAGACCAGGAAAGUCAACAUGAGAGUGAACAGGACUUCUCACAAGGACCUUGUCCCACUGUCCGCCAGAAGCUCUGGAAUAUCCUGGAGAAACCUGGGUCUUCCACAGCUGCCCGAAUCUUUGGGGUCAUCUCCAUCAUCUUCGUUGUGGUGUCCAUUGUCAACAUGGCUCUGAUGUCAGCCGAGUUAAGCUGGCUGGACCUGCAGCUUCUGGAAAUCCUGGAGUAUGUGUGCAUUAGCUGGUUCACCGGGGAGUUUGUCCUGCGCUUCCUGUGCGUGCGGGACAGGUGCCGCUUCCUGAGAAAGGUGCCAAACAUCAUAGACCUCCUUGCCAUCUUGCCCUUCUACAUCACUCUUCUGGUGGAAAGCCUGAGCGGGAGCCAGACCACACAGGAGCUGGAAAACGUGGGGCGCAUAGUCCAAGUUUUGAGGCUGCUCAGAGCUCUGCGCAUGCUCAAGCUGGGCAGACAUUCCACAGGAUUACGCUCACUUGGGAUGACCAUCACCCAGUGUUAUGAAGAAGUCGGCUUGCUGCUCCUAUUUCUAUCUGUGGGAAUUUCUAUAUUUUCAACUGUGGAAUACUUUGCUGAGCAAAGCAUUCCAGACACAACCUUCACAAGUGUCCCUUGUGCAUGGUGGUGGGCCACAACAUCUAUGACUACUGUAGGCUAUGGGGACAUUAGACCAGAUACCACCACAGGCAAAAUUGUGGCCUUCAUGUGUAUAUUAUCCGGAAUCCUUGUAUUGGCCUUGCCUAUUGCUAUUAUUAACGAUCGCUUCUCUGCUUGCUACUUCACCUUGAAACUCAAGGAGGCAGCUGUUAGACAGCGUGAAGCUCUAAAGAAGCUUACCAAGAAUAUAGCCACUGACUCAUAUAUCAGCGUUAACUUGAGAGAUGUCUAUGCCCGUAGUAUCAUGGAGAUGCUUCGAUUAAAAGGCAGAGAAAGAGCAAGUACUAGGAGCAGCGGGGGAGAUGAUUUCUGGUUUUGAAUUCAUUUUCAAUUUAUUUGCAAAAGUUGUAUACAAUUAACUCAACUGAUAAAGCCGUGAUAUGAAUGUCUGUGUUCUUAUGAUUAAUUUCUUUGGAGCACUACUCAUCUUAUUUUUUGCUGUUACAUUGCUUGGUUUACUAGAAUAUUUCGCAUCCCCUAUAACUAGUGCACAUCGUUUUGAUACAUUUGAAUCUCAAGAAUAGCUAAUUGACACAGCCAAAUACAACUGGACCAAUAUAAACAUGUUUGAACUGUCAAAUAUUAAAUAAUAUUGCAAUACAUACAACAAAGUUAGAGGUUUUAUGUAUCACUAAUUCUAGAAGUUUUUGCGCCACUACUUUUUAAAAAAAUGGAAGUUAAACUGCAUAUCCCAGAGACAAGAUAAGUGAACAUUUAAGAGCACACUGAACAACUUUGCUAUUAAUAUAUUUAAAGAUGUUCUUCAAGUACAUAAAUUACUCCUUUCUCCAUCAGUUAAAGCUGUUGAAUAUAACAAUUAGCUUUGCAAGACAACCCUUAUUUGAUAGUCCGAGAUUGUGUCCAUAUCUCCUUUCUGGUGCAAAGCACUGGUCACAAACGAACUCAGCUCUGUAUCCCAUCAUUACUAUUGGAGAUGAGAAUCCCAAAACUGUUCAGACUGCAGUAGAUGAGUCUGCACAAAGACUUCUAGAACUGCACAUCUUCAUUCUCCCAGCUGAGUGUAAUGUGGGGAGUAUAAAGUAGCAUAUUUCUUAGUGCUUCACAAAAAUCAGAUGGUCAUUAAAAUGUCUCUUUAUGGAUGUAUUGCUCAAUUAUGUCUUUAAAGUCACGAAUAUGUAGAAGUGAAGUAAUGAACAUCCUAAAGUUAUACACUGAAAUUAUUAAAUAAUCUUAUUUCAUAAAAUGAAUGACAUCACUAGAUGAACUUGAUCUUUUAUUUGUUAACAAAAAAAUAUUAUGGAUAGCUUUCUGACUGUUGGGAUAAAUAGCAAAUGUUCAAACUUUGCAGGCAUUUUGACAGCAUUUUGACAUUCAUGUUAAUUAUAAAAUUCCUAGACAUUCUGUUAUAUAAUUAAAGCCAAAAGCUCUAAAGCUAAAAA